AUAUUUUAACUCGAUCGUCUUACGGAGAUCUAUCAAUGCUCCACCGCGGCGAUGGUUGACAAGCCUUCCUCGCAAAUCCAGAAAUGGCGUCUACCGUGCACAUGGUCUGCAGAAAAUAUUCCACACCAACGUCGUUGUACUGAUUCAGGAGUAAAAAAAAACCUGCACGGCUGAUUUCUUUAUCAUCCAUUCGAAGAAUUUUUGCCACUCGCUCACAAGCAACAACGCAACGAAGAAGACUGUAAAUAGAGAGUGUACAUAGUGUGAUAGAGGUGAGUGAUAUAGGUGUGUGGGAUUUUAGUUGGCCAUGAGUUCAAGCAACAAAUCGGUGUCCUCCGGUGGGAGAAGCACCACUAAAAACAAAUCUUCACAACAACAUGGGAAAUCGGAUCAUCAUCAAACUAAAUCAUCAGAGUCGACGAAACAUGAAAAAGCACAGUCAAAUGCUAUUCAGGCACGCCAUACACAAAUCAUUGAUACUAGAAUGGGUAGUGGUGAAGAUCCUAUCCUGAAGGAGCGUAUAAAACAAGUCAUGGAUAUGACCAGACGCUCAGAGGAUGAAGUUGUUAUGGCAUUGCAUGACAGCGAUGGAGACUUUGAUCGUGCUGUUAAUGAUCUUCUGGAAGGUGUGAAAACAGAGUGGGAAGUGAAAAAGAAAAAGCCUCGUCAACCUAGUGGUUCCAAGCAAAAUACAGAUGCUUCUGGUGGUCAGGACGAAGGUGGCGACUGGGACGAACGACGUAAUCAACGCGGUGGUGGACCCCCGCGAAUGCGAGGACGUGCUAAUCAUGACAAUCGCGGAUGGCGUGGCAGAGAAAAUAAAGAAAAUGAAAGAAACAUGGAGGAUGGUGUUCGUGACGGCAGCUACAGCGGUAACAGGAGAGGGAGAGGUGGUUCGGGAAGACCAGGUCGAGGUGGACGAGGUGGAGGAAGAGGACUUGGCCCAAGAACAUUCGCCAAUCGUAACGACCCCUCAUCCACUUCAUCGCCUCACAAUUACAAUCGAUCAAUUGAAACAUGGACAGGUAACGAUGAACAACAACAAACUGUUCAGGAACCAAAGAUGGAUGCAUGGAAUAAUUUGGAUUCUACAGAAGACUGGGACAAUGAAGAAUACACAGGUUCACUGGCAGAUACGAAAGUUUUUACCCCGAGUACAUCUGUACCAGAGCCUACAGCUUCUGUAGAAGAACCGAAAAUUCAAGAUCUUCCAUCAGUGCAGACUAAUCAAAAUGUAAAUUUGGCAUUAAUACAACAAGAAGAACUACCAAAACUGACGGAAAUAUCACCGAUACAACAGCAGACACUGAUCCAACAGUCGCAACAACAGCAGCCUGUUCUGAACCUACCAACGAUGCAACUAUCGCAACAACCAAAUGCUAUGAGCGGCGGGGUGUUAACAGCUGCACAAACACAGUAUUUGACACAACUUACCCAACAGACGAGUGAAAAUCUAAAAGCGGCCGGACAAACAACAUUUUCGUCGUCGAUAACUAGCCAACCACAAAGGCAAAUGAAACAACGUCCGCGAGUGCCGCCGCCUUCGAAGAUCCCAUCUAGUGCUGUAGAAAUGCCCGGUGAUGCCGUAAAUAGCGGUAUUGGAUUUCUUGACGUUCAAUUCGGCGCUUUAGAAUUCAGUAGCGAUUCGAGUUCUCUUGACGGCUCGGCGAACGAAAAAUUCAAUGCAGCUAGUAACGCGAUUCCUAGCACAGAUGUGACUUCUACCACGAAUGCUGUAAACACUGCCAAUACAAAUAAUUCGUUGGAUAUUGAGACAACACAAACUUCAACAACACCUUUCAAUACUACUUCUCAAAUGUUAUCAAAUAGUGAUAAUUUACCGGUUUCAAGCGAACAUUCUAUGAACGCUCAAAGUUUUACUGCUCGUGGUAGUACUACCGGACAGACAUUAGACAUAACCAAACAAGAUUUUACCUCGCAAGUUUCGCCAGGAAGUGCAGCAUCGUAUGGUACAGCAACAACCUAUCAGUCUCAGAAAUCAUCGUUCCAGGCACCAACUGCAGCACCAAGCACCUACAACGCAUAUUCCACAAAUGCUCCCUCUGCUCAGUCAUCUUUUCAAACAGUGUCAGGCACCAGUGCUAAUAGUUACUCUGCGACGUCGACUGUUACGCAAGCAAGUUACAAUUCUUCCUCGUCGUUCCCUCAAGCCAAUACAUCGACUUUUAGUCAAGCUUCACCUUCUGCGCCAGCAUCAGCAACUUCUGGUUAUAACCAACCGACGACUACUAAUCAGGUUUAUCAGUCUGCAAGUGGUUACGUACCUACUACUACGACGUCACAAUAUCAAGCACAGUCUGUAGCAACAAAUACUGUAUCGAACAGUAGUACAGGGUAUCAAACAAGUGGUUAUCAAGGAUCAUCUUCAUUUCAAUCGACACCACAGGCAUACCAACCAUCUGCUACAACGUUUACUUCUCCUAUUACACAAACAUCUGGGACUUAUCAAAGUGCAGCACAAUCUGUGUACGCGAGUGCAUAUGGUACGUAUGCAAGUCAACCACAAACGGCGUCCCACAAUCAUAAGUUAAAUAGUAAUGCAACAAAAGAUUCUCAGUAUGAUAGUAAUACAACGACGUCGAACAGUUCUCUUGCGACUACAACAGCACCUACAUUAGGCCUUAGCUCUGCCUCCGUAAAUAGUUCGCAAACUAAAGUAACUAAUUCUAACGCGGUACCAAAAAGUACAUCAAGUGGUGUAGUAACGGGUAGUAGUGGCACUGGAAAUAUGACUGGUGGUGGUGCAGCUGGCAGCAUGACACCGAUGUUAAGUCAUCAAUACAUUAUGGGCCAAGGUGUACCUUACGCGUUUCAGCAACCAGUGUACAGUUACGAGGAAUUGCAACUAAUGCAACCAAGAAUACCGCACAUGCCAACUACUGGUUACUAUGACGCGGCUUUGGGCUAUCAGACAACCGGCCCAGCUACCAGUCUCGGUGGAGGACGAGGAGAUACGCUUUCCGGUGUACAAGGUGUCCAAGGGGUACAGGGUGUACAAGGAGGCUAUACCAGUAUUAGUGACGCCAGGUUCGCCAGGAGCGACAGCAAUGCGUCACCAGUUCCAUCCACUAUGUCACAACAGACUGCUACGCAGCAUCAGCAGCCAAUGAUGAAUCCUGCACUUCCUCCGACAUAUGCAUACUUUGCAUAUGGCAGUGGAAUCAUGCCAGGUGCUUUCCAGUACGGAACCCCCACUGCUAUUUAUCCUCAGAUAGCUACCGCCGGCAAUGCAGGCACAAAUAGUGGUGCAUACAGCGCUAAACCUGGGAGCUACGGUUCAGGAUAUGGAGCUGGUGCAAACUAUGAUGCUCUAGCGUCUGCUGGACCCUCUGCGGAGUAUAAAGGUGCAGGAAAUAGUUAUACCAGUACGCAGACUGGUAAAACAGGGACAUCCACUGGAAACACAAAUACCGGUGGAUCAUCUGCAACUGACAUAAGCGCGACUAUGUACCCGAAAACUCAUGUGACGCUUGGUAAAGUGAAUUCUUAUGACAAACAAACUUUUCACUCGGCAACUCCUCCGCCGUUUAGCCUAACUGGCAGUCAGAACGCUGGUUUGCCCGGUGCAUACGGAACGCAUUUGUUUAUUCCGACUUUGCCGCAUCAAUUGCAUCAGCCACUUCAUCAGGAUGGUGGUAGUAGCACGGGCCAAAGGUCAAAUACAAGUUCCCAAAAUAAAGCUCAGGCAAAGCCAGGAUAUAGUCCUAGUUACUGGGCUGGAAGCAAUUAAAUAAUUUUGGAUUGCACAAAGAAAAGAAGAGGAAAGGAACCACCAUUAUAUAGACAAAAUACAACCUCACCAUUGUGAAACACAGUGGUGUAAGAGAUAUGGACAUUGACACAAAUGACAUGAAGAAACACGAGAUAAGACGUUUUUUUUUGGUGAAACUAAAUGAUUCUGGUAUGACACGAGUUACGGUAAAAUAUAAGAUGAACCUUAAAAAUGUGGAAGGAUUAAGCAAUUUUUAUCGACUUUAUGUUUAACACGAUGAAACAUUUCUUUCUACGUAAAUUCAUGCAACGAUUGGUUGAAAAUAUAAUAAAGAGAUACGCUCUUUUUUUAAUUAGUUUUAUUCAUCUCUUUAUUCUUAAAGAAUUCCACUUUAUUAUGUUGUAUUAUAAACAAAAAGUUUUCGCUAUGUUAUUUUACUUGUAAUUCAUCAGAUACAUUAGAGAAAGUUUUUAGUGUGCAUAAUGCAGUAUAUGUAUAUUGCGCUGUAUAAAUAUAGUAUAUUUUUUCUGAAGGAAAAAAAAACAAACGAAAAAUGUGUAUGGAAGGGAAAAUGAACUUUCGAAACAGUCGUACGGGGACAGAAAAAUUGCAUAGUUCUUCCAAUUGUGAGGCGCACUCGUGCCAAAUAAACUUGCAUAGCGUUUGGUAACGCUGAAUGCAUGAUCGUUACAUAUUUGUCAAGACAGGAUGGAAGCAAACAGACUUUAUGUGGUAUGUUGAAUCACUAUAAAGGGAAAAAAAAAAUCAAGAUUUGUGAGUAGCAUAACUCUCGUGUGAAAUACUGGAAAGAUGAUCUAGAAAAGUAAUUGACUGUUAAAUCUACUCCCGAUCUCCUAUCUGUAUACUACUGUGCAAUUGCGAAUAUACUGCAUCGACUGCAAAGGGUGAUAGUUUUUUUGUAUAAUGUAGGCAUCUCGGCUCACUAACAUCUAAAGUGCUUCUUUACAUGAAAAAUGGAAGCAUCUCGUUCGUGAUGAAACGUAAAACUAUACUAUUGUAAAUUACGAUAAUUGUAUGUAUUUAACCAUGGAACUUCAGGUAUAUAAAGUUAUAAUCAUCAUAA